AUGAAGGAUGUGGUAAGGAAAGAAGUAAUCAAGUGGAUGGAUGCAAGGAUAGUGUACCCCAUAUCAGAUAGCAAAUGGGUGAGUCAUGUACAAUGUUUGCCCAAAAAGGGAGGUAUGAAUGUGGUGACAAAUGAUAAGAAUGAACUGAUUCCCAAAAGGACAGUAACUGGAUGGCGUAUUUGCAUGGAUUAUCGAAAGCUAAAUGAGGCCACCAUAAAGGACCAUUACCCUAUGCCUUUCACUGAUCAAAUGUUAGACAGACUGGCAGGGCAUGAGUAUUAUUAUUUUCUGGAUGGCUACUCAGUUGUUGCUAUUGCUUUUCAAGUCGUUCCUCCUCGAAAGAGACCUGAUGCUCCUUUAAUUUUCCUUUUUGCUUUCACAACAUUCUUUAGAAUUCUCGUUCUGGGUUUAAGUCCCGGAAAUAGAGAGUUAAUCGAUCGACUUAUGUCAGGCGGUCGCGAUAAAUACUCCUAUGAGACCGCAACCAAAUUCCUUGACCUCGUGGCUAAAACCAACAAGGAUACUGAGAAGGACCAGCAUUUAAUCAUUUUUCUAGGUCAGAUGAACAACUUGCCCCAAAAGAUCGAGGAACUGGAAGUGAUGUCCAAAGAGAAGAGCCAAUGCAGACUACCUAAUGAGCAGGGUAGAUCAAUGGACAUUGAAAAUAAACAUAUCGAAGAUAUGUUAUUAACCAACCUUCAAAAGCUAAAUGAGCAAGAUAGAGUGCUUGAGAAGAUUAGAGAAAAUGUAGACGCGCUAAAUCAGAUGAGCAGUUCUCACUCUAGAUCUAUCCAACUAAUUAAAACUCUCUUGGGUCACAUAAUGCCUGAUGUCCGUUAG